CGCCACAGAUCCCAGCCCUCGCCGCCGCCGCCGCCGCCGCCGCCGAGGAGUAGAUUGUUGCGCGCUGACGGCCACGCGCGGCGGGGGAGGUCGAGGAGAUACGGGUGUCGCCGCGCGUCUCGAAGAGGUCGCCGCCGCAACUCCGGCCGUCCGCAAUUACCCUGGACGGCGGGGAGCCGCCGGCACGGGUUGCGACCAGCUCACAAGUAGCCAGUCUUAUCAUUUUGCUGCUUGUGGAAGGAAGCUCCAGGUUACUGAUGCAAAUUAGCGGAUCUGACUCCUGAUUGGACAGACAUCUCUCCUAUUUGUCUCAUGCCAUCGACUUAAAUUCGACUGAACAAUCAGCAAAGAGAGAUGGCAGAACCAUGGCCACCGUAUUCAUCGUCAUCUCGUGGGAAAAAGAAGCGACCACGCUCUCCUAUUGACGAUGCCACAAGUUCACAAGGCAGAACCGAGAACAGCACAAGCCUUGAGGACAACCUUAUGUUCAGUGAUACUUUGAUAGCUCUACAGUUGAUGCGCACACAGUUCCCAAAGCUAGAGAAGGUUGUAACACAGCCUUUCAUUUUACAGUCUCAAUUGUAUAGUAGCGUGAAGGACAGGACACAAGUUGAUAGAGAUUUGGAGUCACUGAAGAAAGACAGAGUACUCCGUGUAUUCAAACUCAAUACUGGGCAGGAUGACCAUGCAAUCAUGUUCAUGGAUGAUUAUCUUAAACAGAUGGAAUCUGCUGUCAGGAGGUCAACGGGUAAAAACAAAGAUGGUAGUGAAGUGUUUGAUUGGUUUGAGAAAUAUGUUCUGCGUUCGAAAUUGGAUGUUAGCAUUGAUCACCUAGAGCUGUUGUUAUCACAUGGUGGUGAUGCAAGAGAUAAACAUAUCACCUUAUUGAUGAAUGCUGGUCUCCUGACACGCCAACUAAUAGAUCCAAACAUGUACUGGUUUUCUAUUCCAAGUAUCGGUCCUAUCUUGAAAGGCCUGUCCCAGGGGAGGAAGGAAGUUCUUUCAUUACUGAACCGUAGGAAGUACAAGGAGAUGCUACUAUCUUCACUGGAGAAGACGAGGUUGAGGUUAUCACCUCUCGACGUGCGGUUCCACCCAGUGGCGGAGCCAGCCCGUGAAUGCAGCCCGGGCAAGACUUAACUGUGACACUGUGGACAUCUGCAGUAAAUAAUCAGGUGCUUCCUCAUUAUCAAAGUCAAUGCUCUGUGAGGUGUGCAGCGAGUGCGUGUGAAUGUGCCGAUGCGAGGUAGUGGAGGGUUCAGCAAGCUUUUUACAAAUUGGCUGCUACGAAGACUGGUUGCUUCAAAUUUUGUUUUGGUGCUUUUGGAGAUUUGAUUGUACAAGAAAAUGAUCUACCUUGCAAUAUCAUUUUUCUUGCAAAUGAAGAAAUUCAGAGCAUCUAAGUCUUAAAUGUAUCUGCUAAAGUGUUGAUAUUAAUCCUUUAUGUUGCCCGGAAGUCAACGAACAACCAGACCAGGAAGGUGUGGAGCUUGAGCUUGAGCUGCAGCGACAAUGACAACUUGGGCGUCAACUUCAAAAAACAACAGUUCAAGUGUACUCUCUCUCUCUCUCUCUCUCUCUCUCCCUCUCUCUCCCUCCCUCCCUCUCUCUCUCUGUCUCUCUCUCUCUCUCUCUCUCUCUCCGUGUGUGUGUGUGUGUGUUUCUACUAAGUACAGUCUGUGUACUGUUCUAUCCUUGUUCUGUUUUCUUCAACCAUUUUUUGUUGUAUAUUCUCUGUCAGUAAAUGCCCCAAUCUAUUUUAUCUAGGCAGCAUGUAUUUGGUACUACAAUAAGUUGGUGCGAUAUCCUCCAAUAUUUUGUUAUCUAGGCAGUCAAAACAACUUCAGUCCGCUUAAUUUUUUUCUGCUUUUGCUGUUGUGAUGAGAGAAAGAAAGAGAUGUGGUGGCAAUGAAGAACUUGGACCAAUUGAUAAUAUACCAUAGUUGUGGUAGUUAAUGUUUGUGGUACUUCCUUUAGGAUAUUUGUUCUAUACAUAUGUUCCGCCAGAUAUUCAUUCAAAUUGUACCCUUCUCUAUCAAUUAGUAUGGUUCUUAGCUGACUGCGUGAUUAUGAUUGAACACUUAGUAUCUUAAGAAGAUAAAUAAUGAACGCAGACUGCUCUCCUCCAGUUCAGUGGAAGCGUAGGAGGCAACCAUGGAGGUGAUAGACGCAAUGGCUUGAGCAUGACGGAUGGUUGUCCCUAAGUUUCUACCACUGAGUUGGUGCAUGCUCCGAUAUUACCAGGUCAGUGCUUCAAAUCAUCAGACCUUGGCGCUAUUCCUUGUCAUAGAGGAGAAGUAUGAUCAUGACCCUGCUCAAGUUCGGCCUCACUGCUGUCGCUGUAGCUGCUUCUGUGAGUCUCUAUAAUCUUCUUCGCCACCGGUUCAGUAACCCUCUCGGUUUUGUUCUCUCCUCUUCUCUUGUGCUCUCUGACCCAGACAUUGAUUGAUGUGACUCUUGUGAUGCCAGCCAUCAAGCUUCUCGUGCUUUGGUUACUGCUAAUGCUUGGCUCAUAAUGUAUAGGCGAGAGGAAGAUACAGAUGUACCUAAGAUUAGUAGUUCGCAUAUCAAAAGUCACCAUUCAGUUAGCAUGCGCACUUUAGCUAGCUUCCAAUUGACUUGUAGGUCUGAGAGAAAAGAGAAAUCCCUACCUUCUAUCUAGCUUCCAAUUAACUUGUAGGUGUACUAAGUUAUCCUUCAAUUUUCAGAUCAUGUACAACCUGAUUCAGUGCACAUGUUUCAGGGGCUAUAUUCAGUACAAAAUGCUCAAUGAAAAACCCUGCAAGUACUCUUAUUCAGCUAUCGCUCCAUCUCACUUUGUGAUAUUUAUCGCAGCAUUGUUCAGUAUUGCAUCUGUAGCUAAUUUAAUAGCCUGUUGUCAGGUCGUAAUACCGUUGAAAAUACGUAGCAACACGACCAUAGUGAUGUCGAUCUCACUGUUGAAAAUACAAUUGAGCGGCAAUACAAUACCGUGCAUCCAUUUUUUAUAUUGAUGUGGAUAUCAUUUGGUCAUCGUUUGAGACGUGCAUUGCACGUGCAAGCUUACUAGUUGCAAAAAAGAAAUUCUGAGACGUAUUCUGGUUUUGAUCUGAUUAAUGUUGUAUAGUAAUGGCGAUGAAAUAGUGGAGAUUUUUACCUAGCUACCAAAUGGAUUAUUUCCUGUGAAAUGCAUUGAAACAUAUUGUUGAAUUAAAUUGCACUAAAUGGGUCUUAUGUUGGCAGAUGAGCUGUGACCUUCUUUAGAGAAGAUAUAGCUUUAUUCGGAACUGUAAGAAUGUGGAUUUUUGCAGCCCAGGCUCAUAUGUAACAUAUGGAGUACCUGCCACUCCCUUCGACGCUGGUUGCAAGAGAAGAAAACACAGAAGAACAGAAAGAAGAAGAAAACGGCCAUUUUAUUUGGAACUGAUGUGCAUUUGUACAACAAGAACCCAUCUGCUAUUAAUAAAGCCUCAUUUUGUGCCUCGCUUUCUCCAA